AUGAAGUUCUUGGACCACAGAGCUGUUCUGCGUUUCUCGUUCAUUCUCGUCUUCGUCAAUGCCGUUGUGGACGAGUCAGAAGAUUAUGCUCGUUUCUUCAACGAGCCACAAACCAUGCCUCGUGACGAGGGUCCGCUUCGACGAAGUAAUCGUCCAAUCAAAGGAAGCUCGAGCCAUGCCUCGCCAGUUUCUUUCGCAGCCACCACCGAAGAGGAACAAACACUUCAAGAAGUUGAAUUUGAGCGCAAAGAGGCACCAGCGAUUUCGAAGGUUGCUUUAAAGUUUGCACGAGAAGAUUGGCGAGACCGGCUAGUCUUUUCAGAUCGUCCCACUACAGUCCCGUCCGAAUCACCUACCAAUGUGCCAACAAAGGAACCGUCGGAGUCACCCAGCAUGAUUCCAUCUCAAUCGAUCAGUCCAACGAAUAAUGACACUGUUGUUCCAGGACAGUUGAUGGUGGGAGCAUAUUACUACCCUUGGCACGCCGACGAUUUUCAUCGAGGAUAUGGAUAUUUGCGAGAGGAUUUGGAACCACCUCAGCUUCCAGAGCUUGGAGAAUAUGACGACAGAGAUAGAAAGACCAUAUGGAAGCACCUGCGAUGGAGUCGACAGGCCAACAUCAAUCUAUGGAUAACUUCGUGGUGGGGACCUCAAAGUCGAUCGGACAAUACAACCAGAGAAUUCAUCCUGACUCAUGAUACCUUGCGAACACACAAGAUCUCUGUAUUCUACGAAACACAAGGUCGAAUCCGUGAAAGUGAUGACUACUCGUUGCAUCGAGUUGAGCGAGAUAUGAAGUUUUUAUGCGAUAAUUACUUUCGGCACCCUAACUACUACAAUGUGGACGAUGUUGGAAAAGGUCGUCGCCCUGUUUUGUUCCUGUAUCUGAGCCGAGGACUGGACAAUCGAGGGUUGCUGCGAGCAACGACGGAACGUAUGCGACAAGGGGUUCGAGAUUCUUGCGGCAAAGAGUUGUACAUUGUCGGGGAUCAAGUCUUUGGCGGAACUGCGGAAAAAGAUUUUGUCAACAACCCUAGACACUACUCUGCAUUCCAACUUCUUGAUGCCGUCACCAACUACGACGUCUAUGGUAGUGUUGCACAGAUUGUGGGACGCAAGGGUGGUACUCUAACGCAAUCUCAAGUGCAAAACUACUACGAAAACGAACAAGCGGAGUGGAAAGCUGCCGCUGAGAGAUACAAUUGCCAAUUCAUUCCAGCAGUGUCGCCUGGAUAUAAUGAUCUAAGCGUACGGCCCAGGGCAGCAAAUCCACCGCUCUCCAGAUCCCUUCAGGGACAAGAACCAGGGUCCUUGUUUCGAGAGGCGCUGAAGUAUGCUGUUCCAUUGGCUGACAAUAGUGGCUUGGACAGCACUGCAACAUCACAGCCCGAUCGACUACUUGUUGUGAAUUCGCUUAAUGAGUGGCACGAGGAUACCCAAAUCGAACCGACCGUUGGGACUGCCUCCUCCACGCCAAUAAAUCACACGUUUGGUUUUACCUACGAAGGAUAUGGUACGAAGUAUCUGGAUAUAUUGAAGGAGGCAACAGACAGCAAAUUGGUUGUUUGA